GACCCGCUGCCAACAACUGCCUGGAACCGGGAGGUCGGCUGGAUCCAGCCCCAGCCGUCACCCUUCGCUGGGCGUGAGGACGUGAGGCCCGGCAGGAAGCGCCAGCCGGCUGCUGCAGACUUUGGACCCAUCCGGCGUCGCCGGCGCAGGGGCAGAGGAAGGGAGUCUUCCUGUUUGCCGGCGCGGUGGGGUCCGGCACCCGUCUGCCGUGGAGGCUGAGCUCCAGCAAAACUUGGCCUUGCCUUGGCGCCACCACUAGCUGUCCCCCACCCCAGCGUGGGGACUCUCCGGCGACUGAUAUAGGGUUGUGCUCAGGCUGCGGCCCUUCGUGGCCGGCUGCUCCUCUCCACGCUGUGCCUCCCCGACCAGGUCCCCCCACCCAUCCCUAUGGAGUGACCCUGCGUGGGGGUCUUUGCACCGGCGCGGCUCCCCCCGGCAGCUGGCCCGGCACGGAGGGAAGCUGGCUGCCGCGAAUAUGAGCGACUUCUGGCACAAGUUGGGCUGCUGCGUCGUAGAGAAGCCACAGCCCAAGAAGAGGAGGAGACGGAUUGACCGCUCCAUGAUCGGCGAGCCCAUGAACUUCAUCCACCUGACACACAUCGGCUCUGGCGACAUGGCCGCAGGCGAAGGCCUGCCCAUGACCGGUGCCGUCCAGGAGAUGAGGUCCAAGGGCGGACGGGAGCGACAGUGGAGCAACUCCCGGGUCUUGUAGUGUAUUCCUGGCUUUUUCAGCCCAAACUUGAACUGCCUGAUCCCCCAACUGGAGGAGAAGCCGACCUCGAGUGCUUGAACCCCGCGGUAAUUUAUGCAGAGUGAUCCCCACCUGGCUCCCAGUGGCUUUUGGUCGUCAUCCCCCUGGCAAAUCCCUCCUUCCCAGAGGCAUCGGGUUGGUGACGUGGGGAGGGAGCGGGGAUGGCAGCCCCCACCUCAUGCCCGACUGGCAUUUCAGCCGAAAGGACGCAGCCACCCUCCCGAAGCGUGCCAGGAGCUGCCGGGCGCAGCCCAGAUGUGCCAAAUCCUCCCGGUUUUCCCUUUUUCCAUGCCGGUGUCUCGCAUGGGCCCCUCUUGGCACCAGGCCACAGUGCCUCGGUUUCCCCGUGGGAUCGUGGUGAGGCCGGUCCUGGUGCGGAGGCUGAUUUGGUGCCCUCCCAGACACGUGUAGAAGAGCAAAACCAGGAUUAAACCCCGGUGCUUCAGUGUCUCAGCGGCAGCAGCUCAGCGCCAACACCACCAAUGAGCCCGCGGUGUCUCCAGCCGGCAUUUCCACCACCGGCAAACUGCCACCUUCCUUCUUUUUUAGUUUUUUUUUUUGUUUUUUUUUUUUUU